AUGUCAGCUGGAUGACUCUCAAUUGCAGUUCAGUGGAAAAGUGACAAGCAAAAUUGUUAAAAAUGGUUUUGGAAAGUACUAUGAUAUGUUUUGACAAUAGUGAUUACCAGAGAAAUGGUGAUUACUUUCCUACCCGUUUGAACGUACAAAAGGAUGGCAUCAAUCUGGUUUGUCUCACAAAAGUUCGCUCUAAUCCCGAGAAUAAUGUGGGACUUAUGACAAUAUCCAACACUGUUGAAGUUCUUGCUACUCUAACAAGUGAUGUAGGGCGUAUUUUCUCAAAGAUGCAUUUAAUACAACCAAAAGGCGAAAUAAAUUUACUGACUGGUAUCCGUAUUGCACAUUUGGUCCUCAAACAUCGUCAAGGAAAAAACCAUAAAAUGCGCAUUGUUGUAUUUGUCGGUUCACCGAUAAAUAAUGAAGAAGGCGAAUUGGUCAAACAAGCCAAGCGUUUAAAAAAAGAAAAAGUAAAUGUUGACAUCGUUAGCUUUGGCGAUCAUGGAAACAACAAUGAAAUUCUAACUGCGUUCGUGAAUGCGCUAAAUGGAAAAGAUGGCACAGGCUCCCAUUUAGUUAGUGUACCACGUGGAUCGGGAUUAUCCGAUGCAUUAUUAUCAUCACCUAUAAUACAAGGGGAAGAUGGUAUGGGAGGUGCAGGGUUAAGUGGUGCAGGUUUCGAAUUUGGGGUUGAUCCCAACGAGGACCCGGAAUUGGCACUUGCUCUACGUGUUUCUAUGGAAGAGCAACGUCAACGUCAAGAAGAAGAGCAACGUCGCGCACUUUCCGAAUCAAAUGCUGCUAGUGGCACAGAAGUAACUGCUGGCAGUACCAGCACAGGUGGAGAGAAAACAAGCGCAGGCACUGUUGGUGUUGUUAUUGAGGAGCCCAAUUCGGAAGAAGCUAUGUUGCAGCGUGCACUGGCAUUAUCCACAGAAACGCCGGAAGACAACUUGCCCGAUUUCGCUAAUAUGACUGAAGAAGAGCAAAUUGCUUUUGCCAUGCAAAUGUCAAUGCAGGAUGCGGCCGAUGAGACUGUGACUCAACAAGCUAAGCGUCCUAAAACUGAGGAAAACCAACCGAUGGAUGUUGAUGAUGAUUAUUCUGAAGUAAUUGGUGAUCCAGCAUUUCUCCAGAGUGUGCUCGAAAAUUUGCCUGGAGUUGAUCCACAAUCGGAAGCCGUUCGAGACGCUGUGGGUUCGCUCAGUAAAGAAAAAGAGAAGGAAAAGGAUAAGAAAAGCGAUGACGGGGAUCAACCCCAAUGAAAUGGAUUUCUGAAAAUUAAUUUUUAAAUUCAUGCCGUAUCAAUAACUAAGCUAUAUUAACGCAUAAAUGUGUAGGCUUAUCCAAAUGAAUUAUUUUAUAUUAAAUUUGCUUUAAAAUAAAUUGCCUACGAUUAUAUCUAAAAAUAUCAAACAAUGCAAUAACAGGGGGUGUUCCCAGAAGUGUUUAAAUCACAUUGUUGUUUUAAAAUAAAACUAAUACAAAUUUAGAUGCUUCCAAGUUUCCCUAAUUAUUUUGAAUAAAAUUUAAUUUAUAUCAAUUA